GCACGUCCUUCCCGGCGGCCCCGCCGUCUCAUUUGCCGUUACCGACGCGUGACCCGGCGCGCUCGGGUCCCGGACCGGAGACAGGCGCAGGGUGCACCAGGCGGUCCCAUGCGCCCCCUCCCUCUGGCGGCCGCCGCAGUCGCCGCGCCCCGAGCAGCGCUCCGGCUCCUCGGCAGAGGGCUCGCCGCCGCCAUGUCCACCGCCGGACCGCUCAAAUCCGUGGACUACGAAGUGUUCGGGAGAGUGCAGGGUGUUUGCUUCAGAAUGUACACAGAAGAUGAAGCUAAGAAAAUAGGAGUGGUUGGCUGGGUGAAGAAUACCAGCAAAGGCACCGUGACAGGCCAAGUGCAGGGCCCUGAAGAGAAAGUCAAUUCCAUGAAGUCCUGGCUGAGCAAGAUUGGGAGUCCUAGUUCUCGCAUUGACCGCACAAACUUUUCUAAUGAAAAAACCAUCUCUAAACUUGAAUACUCUAAUUUUAGUAUUCGAUACUAAUAGAAGAGAAAUAAAAAUUAUAAUGCUUAUACUGUACAAUAGACACCAUAUGUUCUUAAGUCUAUAUACUAGAAUAAUAGUAGCAGAGUAGGGCGAAAAAAGGGAACUUUCUGUUCUGAAAGCUACAAAAUCAAAUGUUACUAAAAAUGUCUGACACAAUUUUAUUCAACUAUGUUUUUAACAAGCAAAAACAUAGUAUUGUAAGAUAAAUGUUAUUACAAAAUAUUUAAUGUGACUAUUCAACUUAAACUUGUCUCAUGGAAUCUAAUUUCAAUGAACAAUAUAACAUGUAUGUUAUUUGGUGAGACAUAAAAUAAUAAAGUUAACAUUUAAAAAUUA